AAUAAUCUUGUUGGAUACAUGCAAGUGGGUUCUUCAAGUUGUUAACUUUGUGCUAUUUCUGAGUAGAUUGCUUAUAUUUGCUCAGUAACUUCUAACUCAACUGUCAUGGGGUGUUAAAGAGGUAGAGGUUGUUACUGGCUUAGAGGCUCUGAGGCUGAGCUAAAGGAGAUGCAAGAAAGAGAGGGCGUGGAAGAAGGCUUGCUAGAUGGAAACAAUGGUGAAAGUGCAGCAGAGAUAACAUUUGUUGUUGUCCUAUGUACCAUUGUUGCUGCCAGUGGUUCUUUAGCUUAUGGUUUCUCUGUUGGAUAUUCAUCUCCUGCUGAAUUUGGCAUCAUGGAUGACCUAAGCCUGUCUAUUGCAGAAUACUCAGCUUUUGGUUCAAUAUUGACAUUUGGAGGAAUGAUUGGGGCUCUAAUAAGUGGCAGAAUAGCAGAAACCAUUGGUCGAAGACUUACAAUGUGGUUCUUGGAAAUAUUCUUCAUCGUUGGAUGGGUUUUAAUUAUAUUUGCAAAGAAUAUUUGGUGGCUUAAUAUUGGAAGACUAUUGAUGGGAAUUGGAGCUGGACUUCAUUGUUAUGUGGCACCUAUAUACAUUGCAGAAAUUACACCGAAGAAUAAUCGAGGGGGAUUUACAGCUGCUAUUACGUUUUCAGUAUCCAUUGGCUUUUCACUGAUGUUCUUCUUUGGGAAUUUCUUCGCCUGGCGAAACCUGGCUCUAGUUGGAACUAUACCUAGUUUCAUACAGGUGCUAGGCACAUUCUUCAUACCAGAAUCCCCAAGGUGGUUGGCAAAGACUGGUAGAUGGAAAGAGGUAGAAGCGGCUCUACAAAGGCUAAGAGGGAAGAACUCUGAUGUUUCUUCAGAAGCUGCGGAGAUUAAAGAGCACAUGGAAACCCUUCAGAAACUCCCGCAAUCCAGAUUUUUGGACUUGUUCAACCGGAGAUAUGCCCAUUCACUUAUUGUUGGAGUUGGGCUUAUGGUUCUGGUACAAUUUGGAGGUACAGAUGCGAUCUCUUCUUAUACUAGCUCAAUUUUUGAAGCAGCUGGUUUUUCGAGUGGCAUUGCAUCUACAGUGAUGGCUGGCCUCCAGCUUCCUGCUGCAGCUGUAAGUGUGGCAUUGAUGGACAAAAUUGGUCGACGUCUAAUUCUGAUGGUUACUGCCACGGGAACCUGCCUAGGAUGUUUGAUUGCAGGGUUGGGAUUUGCUUUUAAGCAGGGGGGGUAUGAAGAGCUGGAACAACUUUCGCCUGCAUUAGUAUUAACUGGCAUACUGGUGUUUUCAGUGUGUUUUUCUGCUGGCAUGGGUGGUACACCCUGGGUUAUCAUGUCAGAGAUAUUUCCAGUAAACAUCAAGGGAACAGGUGGAAGUCUUGUAACAUUGAGCAACUGGUUUAGUUCAUGGAUUGUAACCUAUGCCUUUAACUUCCUAUUUCAGUGGAGCUCAGCAGGUGUGUUUUUUGUAUUUGCUUGUGUGUCUGCAAGUAUCGUCAUAUUUGUGGCGAAGUUGGUGCCAGAGACCAAGGGACGAACACUGGAACAAAUUCAAGCUUCAAUGACGUUGCUACAAUAAUCACCACCCAUCAUUGCAUUCUUAUAUAUAUAUGCUAUAUAGCUGCUUUUCUUGGAACAACACAACGUCCACAUUCCAAACUAUGCUACAAUAAUCACCAAUCAUUGCAUUCUUACAUAUAUGUA